UCAUUCUCUCUCUUCAUCCUUCCUCUGACUCCGUUCCUCACACGGAUCUAGCCUCUAGCUGCGGAACCACAAGCGGAGGCUUUUUGAGUGUUGGAUCCCACACGCGAGUCUCUGUCUCCAGCCACAGCCAAAAGGAUUCCAGCUACAUGGGCAAACGUUUGGAACAGCAACCAAUGUACCCCCAGUACACUUACUAUUACCCUCACUACCUUCAGACUAAGCAGUCAUAUGCCCCGCCCCCUCCUCCCAUGGCUCCGCCCAGCCCCAGCACCAAUAGCAGCAGCCACAGUGCGGCGGAGCAGCUCAGUAAAACCAACCUGUACAUCCGGGGCCUUCCGCCAGGGACCACAGACCAGGACCUCAUCAAACUCUGCCAACCGUAUGGAAAAAUAGUGUCAACAAAGGCAAUCCUGGACAAAAACACCAACCAGUGCAAAGGAUAUGGCUUUGUGGAUUUCGACAGUCCGGCGGCGGCGCAGAAAGCUGUAGCGUCCCUGAAGGCCAGUGGCGUGCAGGCACAGAUGGCAAAGCAACAAGAGCAGGACCCCACUAACUUGUACAUCUCGAACCUCCCGGUUUCAAUGGAUGAACAAGAGCUGGAGAACAUGCUGAAGCCUUUCGGACAUGUCAUCUCCACACGGAUACUCCGAGACGCCAACGGGGUCAGUCGAGGGGUCGGUUUCGCCAGAAUGGAGUCCACUGAGAAAUGUGAUGUGGUGAUUCAACAUUUCAACGGAAAGUUCCUCAAAACCCCACCAGGAGUACCAGCCCCGACGGAGCCACUGCUUUGCAAGUUUGCAGACGGGGGACAGAAGAAGAGGCAGAGUCAGAGCAAGUACCCUCAAAAUGGCCGACCGUGGCCCCGGGAAGGAGAGAGUGGCAUGGCGCUGACCUAUGACCCCACUGCAAUGCAGAACGGGUUCUACUCCUCACCAUACAGCAUCUCCACAAACCGCAUGAUCGCUCAAACGUCAAUCACUCCAUUCAUCGCAGCCUCUCCUGUCUCCACAUAUCAGGUCCAGAGUACGUCGUGGAUGCCUCACCAACAGUACGUUAUGCAACCUACGGGUGCUGUGAUAACGCCAACCAUGGACCACACCAUCUCCAUGCAGCCCGCUAACAUGAUGGCACCCCUCACCCAGCAGAUGAACCACAUGUCCCUGGGUACCACUGGCACCUACAUGACUGCGGCUGCUGCUCCUAUGCAGGGGACCUACAUUCCCCAGUACACUGCGGUGCCUGCCUCAGCUGUCUCAGUGGAGGGAGUGGUGACGGAGGCUUCUCCACAGAGCGUUCCACCCUCGUCGCAGGACGGUAGCGGUCAGCAACAGGCUCUGGGUGUGGACAACACCAGCGAUCACGCGCCCACCUACUCUUUUCAGCCCGCCAAAUAACCAGAGGAGAUGCGGGGCGUUGAGGUAACUGCGUUGCCUUGAGACUGGGGGACUGCGACGAGGGAACAUUGAAGACAAGAGCGCAAGAGAUAGGAAAACACGUUUGUGUCUACUUUUGCACAAGCAUCAAAAAAAAAAAAAAAAAAAAAAAAAAAUUUAUUUAACACCUGGCCCACACCGGAGGACCUUUGGAGAGCUCACAACCAGACAGGGAAAGAGAGAAAUGACGUCUGGGAGAUUGAGCCUACUGUUAAUCGGCUGCCCGAAAAAAACUUUACCUUCAUGAAGUGAACGAAUUCAAACAAGUACAAGUUUUCCUAUUCUUUUUUUGAAUGUGCAGGUAGGUUUUCAGAAACAGUGGGUUUUUCUAUUAGACGAGGAAGCACGUUCUUGUAAAACAAUGAGAGAAGGAGCAAAAGAAGUCUUCCUCGGAUUCUAAGCUACUAUUACUUUUCUUUUUUUAUGAGUUAGAUUUUAGUUUUCUAGAGAAUAUUAAUGUUUUUUCAUCUUUGUUGCCUUAAUUUCGAGAAACAUCUAAGACUUUUUCCUGUUUGAACUGAACAGACUGACGAAUGCAGUGAAAAUGACCUGACAAGGAAAGGAAAAUUACCUGUAUAAAGCAUAGAAAGAAGAGAGAGGUCUCCUUGAGACGUUUUAAAUUAUCAGUGGUGACUAUGUGUUUAAAAGAGAGGACAGACAAAAAAAAAUAUUGUGGUCAUGAUGAUGAUGAUUAAACAGAGUUGCAUUUUUUUAGAAACAGAGGAAAAAAUGUUAAUCCACUGCAUCAUGGGAAAUGCAGUUUAUUGUGUAGUGCAGAUCAUUUUUAAUGGCAUUAUUGUUUUUAUCUGCAAUAUUUUUUAUGAGCUUUAAGGUGUUUUUAGCCUGCUUUGCUUGUUUCAUUGCGGAAAAAAAGAAAACUAAAACAGUCACAAAAAAAAAAGGCAGUGCAAAUUUACAUAGAUAAAAGCUUAUGGAUUAAAUCGAAACGAAAAAAAAGCAAAUGUGUGCAAAAAGCAAUAGUAAUAGGAAAUUGUUGACAAUUUCUUUAGUCUUUCUUAGCUGUGGAUCAAAUGCAGCCCAUGGAUGGCAUAUUUUAUACCAAAGAUGAAGAAACCCCCCUCAAGACAGUGGAGUGGAUCAAUUUUUUAGUUUCUUUUUUUCUAUUUGAGAUGUUUUGGCAUAUUCAUUUUGUUUCAGAAGUAUCCGUUUGACCUUGACGGCCAAAUUUGGUACUUUAGGGUUUAAACUUCCUUCCACUGUUGCAGAAUCUAUGUCAAUCGUUCAGUUGAGAGGCAGAAAACCACCAUCACUGAUCCUCAUGAGUGUGAUCUCCCCACCAGAGGGCGUCAGAGAGCGGCUGAACCAUCAAUCAUCUCGCGUCUGCCCGGCUGAAUGAACUAUACCUCUAUCUCUGCACCUCCCAGUCGCCGACCCACGGUUGGUCACUAUUAAACACGUCGCGCAUCCGUUCAGUUUGAGCUUUCUCACAAAGAAAGCCGUUUUCAUCAUUUCAACUUGACAGGAAGCACUCACUAGUGUAUAUUUAAACUCUGUGUACAGAUCACUACCUCAUUGAAAGCAAUUUUACCAUGAGGAAACACAGGAGAAUGUGUUGCGGGUCAUAAAACACAAGCUUUGCUUCAGGGGCACUGAGAAACAUUUGCAAUUAGCAGCAUUAGCAUGACAUAUUGUUCUGAGCACCUCCGUCCUUCUAUUGUAGAUGUUUUUUUGCGAUCCAAACGCCUCAUAUUAUAUGCAAAGUUUCUUUAAUCAACCAGAUGCCAUAGGAAAUCUCUCGUGAAAACAACAGUCUUUACUUGAAAAACGAAGGCUCUGUCCCAAAGCCCUUGCAGUUGCUUUAAAGUCCAGAUUUUGGUGACGUAAUCCAGUUAGUAAUCCGCAAGACAGCGAAUACACAUCGAGUUUGUUAUUUGGGACAGGGUCUAAGGUGCCCAUCGUCAUGGGAUUCGGCGGUUGCUCUGGUGCCUUGACAGCUCGGAAUUAGGGUUAGAAAUAUCACGUGUAGAGUGAUAUCUCGACUUUCCAUGUCUGAAAUCUGCUUUCAUUUGAUCAGGCUGCCCAUUCCAGAGGGGGGAAACUAGCAAACAGAAGAGGAGAAAGCGGUAACAUCUUAUAUGUUCAUAUA